AUGUAUCUCGAUGAUUUACUCAUCCUGGCCGUCUUGGGUGAAACCAAUGAGCACGGCGAGGCCGUACUCUGGACGCACAAACUUCUCGAAAUCCACUAUAACCGUGAUUCCAUCAUUCGUGUCACCCUGACAACCAGCGGUCCCGUGAUCCUCAAGCCGGGCAUUUCCAUCCCCUUCUCCUACGAGGUUACCUGGGUUGAGUCCAACAUGCCCUUCGAGAGCCGCUACGACCAGUACUUGGAUGUUGACUUUUUCCAGCACAGG